CUUGCUAGUUUUUGAAUAUGUUGGUUGUUGGUGUUGUGUCGGGUGGUUCCCUCAUCGCCGGAAACCACUAGCCACAGUGGCUCGUGAUGAUUGAUAGUGUGUUUCUUGUUUAACUAUUGUCACAAAAAUUAGAAUAUAAAAAUUUAAUUAUUUAAAAAAAAUAAAUUUUUAAUAAUUUUUAUUAUUUUUUAAGAGAGUCCCUAAAUUACCUUAUGGCCUAGGGCCUCACAGCCCCUUGAGCCAGCCCUGUCCUUGUUUCUUUGGGGGUCUUGAUUUUGCACAUAUCGGUGAUAACGGUGAUCAAGACUUGGUUAGGGCAAGCUAGCCAUGGUGUAUCAGAGAAUUAGAUAUGUUUUUCACAGGGUCACGUCUGUUGGUUUGUUUGUGUCUUUGGGAAGAGCAGAAUGAUUAAAAAUUCUCUCGAAGUCUUUGAAAAUUGCAAAACGCAAUUUAUGCUUUUUCAUUAUCCUGAAUGUUUGAUAUUUCCUGUAAUUUUCUAACAAUUUUGUCUCCAUCAGUUCCCUAGUUUAGUAAUACAUAAGCUGCCAUCAAUUCUUCUUUCUUUUGAUGACACACACACACACUCAAACCCUGAUUAUAUAGCUACGAACUAAUUUAAUAUUUGCUCCAGCUACUGUAGUAAGCAAGUGUCAGAGAUGAGUACGCAAAAGAUAUCUAACAUUGAUGGUGUAUUAGAAGUUUCAAGAUCCAUGAGACAUGUUCGGCCAGCUCACUACAUCUUCAAAAUAAAGUCUUUCUCAUUGCUUUCCGAAUUUGACGUUGAAAAAUUGGAGUCAAAUGAUUUUGAUUCCGGUGGCUAUAAGUGGGGAUUGAGCCUUUAUCCAAAUGGAGAUGAGGAGAGAAAUGGAAAUGGUCACAUAUCACUCUACCUAGUUAUAAGGGAUACAAAUAGUCUUCCUCCUGGUUGGGAGGUGUAUGUGCAGUUCAAAUUAUUUGCCUUCAAUCAUAUUCAAGACAAGUAUCUAACUGUCCAAGAUGUUGAAGGUAAAACGAGAUGCUUUCGUGCCAUGAAGACCAAAUGGGGUUUUCCUCAAUUCCUUUCGCUUGACUCCUUCCAAAACACACAAAGUGGGUACCUCCUUGACGACUCUUGCGAAUUUGGAGCAGAGGUUUUCGUCAUCAAAUAUGAUGGCAAAGGGGAAGUGUUUAUCCAUAGUGAAAGAACCCAGUAAUAACACCUUCACAUGGAAGAUUGACAAGUUCUCAACAAUCACGG